AUGGCGAUAUUGUACGCGGUUGUGGCUCGGGGGACGACGGUGCUGGCCGAGUUCAGCGCCGUGACGGGGAACACUGGCGCCGUGUCGCGGCGGAUUCUGGAGAAGUUACCGUCGGAGGCCGAUUCCAGGCUUUGUUUCUCGCAGGAUCGCUACAUAUUCCAUAUUCUUAGAUCGGAUGGCCUCACCUUCCUCUGUAUGGCCAACGACACCUUCGGAAGGAGAAUCCCUUUUUCGUACUUGGAGGAUGUUCACAUGAGGUUCAUGAAAAACUAUGGCAAAGUUGCUCCCUAUGCACCUGCUUAUGCCAUGAAUGAUGAGUUUUCUCGAGUCUUGCAUCAGCAAAUGGAAUUUUUCUCCAGUAAUCCUAGUGCAGAUACACUCAACCGUGUUAGAGGCGAAGUUGCUCAGGCCCUACCUCUUAUGCUUCAGUCAAACAACAGUGGUGUUUGCUAUGAAAACUAG